AAGAUAUAAGCGGCCCAGGGGCGCUGACGAGGUGCCAGCAGCAGAGUCUCCAUCUGGAAGAGCUGCAGCUGCAGAAAAGGAGGAGAACGCCAAGGCCGGCCCGACAGACGGACGCGCUGACCGCUGCGCCGCCGCCCCAGCUCGCGCUGCGCCACCAAGGUAACUCCCACCCCGAGACCCCGGAGUCGAAAUGGAAACGGUCCAGGAGCUGAUUCCUCUGGCCAAGGAGAUGAUGUCGCAGAAGCCCAAAGGGAAGCUGGUGAAGCUGUACGUGCUGGGCAGCGUGCUGGCCCUCUUCGGCGUGGUGCUGGGCCUGGUGGAGACUGUGUGCAGCCCCUUCACGGCCGCUAGCCGUCUGCGGGACGAGGAAGCAGUGGUGGCUGAGGGGCAGGGCGCUGGUGAGCGACAGGCCCUCGGCAGGCAAGCCCUGCCGGAGAAAGGCAAGCAGCAAGAGGCCCUUCUCGGUAGCCGGGCCCACUCCCACCGGCAGCAUGCCUCCUAGGAAUUUCAGUCCAGCAGAAGGGAAGGGGGAGAGAGACAGAGAAAGAAACAGACAGAUCCUGACUCAAGUGGGAGAGAAGAGGAGCCAUGUGCCCUUUGAGAGAAGCCACUGACACCUAGAACUGACCUGCCACCAAAAGGAGUGGAUCCACCAAAAAGAGUUUGGGAUUGAGUUUUGCUGCUAUGCAGCACUGCGUUGUGAUAACAUGUCCAAAACUCUGUAUCUUUAAGCUAUCUGAGAAUCUAUCAUUUUGCACUAGGGAAGAAGGAGAAAUGCUUUUUGUACUAUUAUUAUUUUUAUUAUCAUUACAGUGAACACCAUUUUGCAUUUUGAAAUAAAAAUGUUUUAUACUGUA